CGAUAUUCUGGAAUAUUCUCAAACCUGGGAAAAUCCACUUUGCAUAUACAGCCUUCAUUUCUGGUCUGUAUUUUCCACCUGUCAUCUGAUAAUUCACCAUGGCUCUGUUGAUGAAUUACUGGAUGUUUUUGGUUGCUUUGUCUUCGACAGUGACAUGGACCCAUGCCUUGAGAAGAAUCUCCCUGCACAAGAUGUCCUCUAUCCGAGAGACACUGAGGGACAUGGGUGUUUCUGCAGAGCAGAUCCUAAAUGAGUUAGCCGAGAAGAGCACAGACGACAAAAACGGAACUGUUCCCACCCCUCUAACCAACUACUUAGACACCCAGUACUUCGGGGAAAUCAGUAUUGGCUCUCCACCCCAGUUGUUCAACGUGGUCUUUGACACCGGCUCCGCCAACCUGUGGGUGCCUUCGCAAAGCUGCUCACCUUUCUCCACCGCCUGUUUCACUCACAACAGAUACGAUGCCUCCCAAUCUCGGACUUAUGUUGAGAACGGAACCGGUUUUUCCAUCCAGUAUGCUGCAGGGAAUGUCAGGGGAUUUCUGAGUGAGGAUGUGGUUGUGGUUGGUGGGAUCCCUGUGGUGCAGGUGUUUGCUGAGGCAGCCUCUCUGUCUGCCAUGCCCUUCAUCUUUGCCAAGUUUGAUGGAGUCCUGGGGAUGGGUUACCCAAACGUGGCCAUCGACGGCAUUACUCCCGUGUUUGACGGUAUCAUGUCUCAGCAUGUCCUCACGGAAGAGGUGUUCUCUAUCUACUACAGCAGGGAUCCAAAACACUCCCCAGGUGGAGAGCUGGUUCUUGGUGGCACAGACCCAGAUUACUACAGCGGAAACUUUAAUUAUAUGGACACUAAAGAGACUGGCAAAUGGGAAGUCAACAUGAAAGGGGUUUCUGUGGGUAUGGAGAUGAUGUUUUGUGCUGAGGGCUGCACAGCAGUGAUCGACAGCGGCUCCUCCUACAUUACAGGCCCGGCGUCCUCUGUGUCCGCGCUGAUGAAAAACAUCGGAGCACAGCUGGAUGAAAGUGGAUACAAAGUCAACUGUAACACUGUCAAGACGUUGCCCAGUGUCACUUUCCACCUGGGGGGCCAGGAAUACUCUCUCACUUGGGAGGAUUAUAUCUUAUGGCAAACUCAGAUCGAAGCGGACGUCUGCACCGUCACCUUCAGGGCCUUGGAUGUGCCGCCCCCUACAGGUCCCAUGUGGAUUUUGGGAGCCAACUUCAUUGCCCGCUACUACACAGAGUUUGACCGCCACAAUAAUCGGAUAGGAUUUGCUACAGCAGUCUGACGGGAAGAUAAACCUCAGCCAUGUUGCUCUGUUUUCUUUUUCUCUUUCUUUGCUGCUAUCUCCUCUUCAUCCAUUUUUCGCUUCAGUUACAGUAGUUUUAACGGUAACUCAUGACCAAACUACAUCUGUAGUAUAUAAAAGGUAAAUAGCAGUGCACAUUUAGGAAUAUCAGCAUCUUAUAUCUUGCAUUAUGUGUAGCAAAUGCACUGAAUGCAUUCUAAACGUUUUCUAUUUAUUUAAAAGCCGCAUCUUCCAGCAAAUGCAAAGUGUGUGUGUGCUGGUGUCUGUGUGUGAGACUGUGCUUAAAAUGAUCACAUAGAUACAGUGGAAAACCAUACAUGUAUUGU